GCGGACCCGCUCCUGGUCCACCCUGCAGCAAGUGGACGGCUCGGACGAUGACGAUCGUCCGGCGGCUGCCUCAGGCGAGGUGGAGGGGACCAUGGCGCGCGCGAUGCAGGCGAUGAUGGCGGACAUGAAGGACAUCGGGAAGGGGGCGCCGGGCAAGAGUCGCGAGACAUGGGGGGUCCUGAAUGGGGCGAAGCAGGCGAAGAAGACGGCCGCGUCCGCAGAGCGGGCAGUCCUGGGGGCGAGCAUGACUGUCAACGGCGUGGGGGACUUGGUGGCGAAGCUCCAGGAGACGUCGAUCACCGAAGAUGACGUGGCGAAGAUGAUCGAGGAGAGUUCGUCGCAGUGCACGACCCCGAGCAACGUUGCCUCUAGGUCCAACCCAUCAUCUGUUGUUGCUUUCACAGGGGACGCGCCCAGCGUGUCGACCUUUGAGGAGGCAGCUAAGGGGGCUAUGACUUAA